AUGGAGUAUUCCUGGCUAGAAAAUAAAUUGCAGGAAAUUAAUAGAAAAUGCAUUCAAAUUAACAAUAAAAAGUCGAACAACGACAGCUUAAAUAUGAUAAUCGGCAAAUUAAUAGAUGUUAUGAAAGACACAAGUGUAUUAUUUAAAACUCUAUAUGAACGUAUCAUAUUUAAUGGAAGUUAUUAUAACAAUUUGAAAAUAAGUAAAGCCGAUGAAUAUGAUUUAGAUUUGAUAUUAGUACUUCCAGUGGCAUUAGAAACAGUUCUAAUGCUCACUCCUGAGGCUGGAUAUGUUGACGUCAAAAUAGAUAUCAGCAAAAUAAAAAAACUUGCGUACUACAGAGACAUUUUAACGCCUUUGGAGAAAUUGUGCGAAAAUGGUAUUUUUAGUUCUUUAAAAAUCCAUAGCUGGUUUGAAGGUCUUGUUCAAAAAUCAUUAAACAUUAUUAAUGCAAGUAAAUACUUUCCUCAGUAUAAACUUGACAUGUAUAAGAGCGGACCGGCUGUAACUUUGACCGUACACACACCAUUUUCAAGUUAUGAUAUGGACCUUGUGCCAUGUUUAAAAUUAGACAAGUCCUUGUAUCCCAAAGGGUACAAGAAACAAAAUUGCAACCAUAUAUAUGCUGUUUCGAAGCCAAAUAAAGACAAAGAAUGGAGACUGUCUUUUAUUGAACAAGAAUUAUCUAUUCUACGUGACAAUGGCCACGUCAAACCUGCCAUAAGGCUGUUGAAGUUCUUGCGGGAUCAAAGAGACCAUAAACUUAUUAAAAGUUAUUUUAUUGUAACUGUUGCGAUGUGGGAUUUGGAAACAACUAAUUUCAAUGGCAAGUCUCUUAGUUUUGCAUUUAUGACACUGUUGGAGUCAUUAUAUAAACACAUCUGCGAAAGAAAAAUUCCAUUUUACUGGAAUCCCAAUUUAAACUUGCUGAAUAAAUGCCACAGAGACUAUUUGUUCAAUUUGGAGAAUCAGUUAUUGAACAUUCUGAAGAAACUUAGGAGUUCCAAUUCCAAUCCGAACGUUCUCAAUGAAGUCUUUAACUUUGAUAUCCAGGAAUCAUAAGCAAUGAAAAAUAUCUUUGUAUUAAAAUUGAUGUAGUUUUUAGAAAAAACAUUUGGAGAGUAAUUUUGGUGUUGAUUUAGAUGACUUUCUAGGAAAUUAAAUCUAAAAAAAAUGCUAUUGAUA